GACGUAAUUACGCUAACGGCGUAAACAUAACAACAUGUCGCUAAGACAGACUCAAGGAAGAGAAAUGAAUGGUCAACCGGACGUGGAAGUCGACUACAAGCGAAAGUACAGAAAUCUCAAACGGAAGUUGAAAUUUCUCGUUUAUGAACACGAAUGCUUUCAAGAGGAACUAAGGAGGGCACAGAGAAAGCUCCUCAAAGUCUCCAGAGACAAAAGCUUCCUUCUGGACCGGCUGCUGCACUAUGAGAGGGUAGAUGAAGACUCCUCAGAUUCCGAUGCAACCGUUUCUUCAGAAAACAGCGAGGGAGAAGUACUCAGGGAGAGGGAUAGAGAACGAGAGGGAGCAAAGAAGCGAAGAAGUAGCCCGGGCAUGUGCCUACCGUCAUCAUCCUCGUCGCCUCAUCUCUCCCUGCUGUCCCGUCCAGGUGUUCACCCCCUGCAGUCUUCAGGCUCAGGACCUUACCUCAACACUAUGCCCUUCCCACCAGAGUAUUUGGCUCCACAUGCUGAACGAGUGAAGAAAGAGAGGAAAGCAAAGGUGCCCAAAAGCAAGAAAGACACUACGGGGAAGGUUGUCACACCAAUGGCAGCUAAUUACCCAUCGGGGCCGGCGGCGGCAACUGCUGCUUCGGCGGCCAGUGGGCCUUUCAGCUGGGUCCCUAGACAGAUGCUCAGCGGGGACGCCGCAGAGGAGGAGGGAGACAGCGAUGCCGACAGCGACAGAGGAGAUGAAGACAGAGGCGAGGGAGACGAGGCAGAGCUAGUCAUUGACAUCCCUAAUGAGUGAGAUUGACUGA